GCUGUCCAGAGAAUUUGCUUGGUUUCACGUCAUGUUUUCUUCAACCAAAUGGGCCAUCGCUCACCAGCAGACGACACCCAUGGCGCGUCGAUCACCCUUGGCGCAGCAGCCAGUCAUGUGGGACGGCGCCUGGAAGUGGAGGCGUUGCUCGGGAGAUGUUGAUGCGGUGCAGGGCAUCUUCCGCAGAGGCUCGGAUGGCCGGCUCGGAUGCAUCCCUGGCGUCGGACCACACGGAGGCACCGAAAGACCGGAAAGGACCGAGCGGCGGAAUAACCACCUGACUUGAAGAGGCCGUCAUGUUGAUCAGAGCGGCGAGGUUCGCGAGCACGGACGGAGCACCGGCUGAAGAGGCAGGCGCUGGAACUGGGCUCUGAAGAGAGUCCGCCCCAAGGUUGGUAGACGAUCUCCGCCGAACUUCGUCUAUGCUUCUCAACCUGUCUCUAACAUGCCUUGCCACAGCAAUAAGAACCAGCAGGCCAAGGCAAGUGUGUGUAGGAAAGCACGGGGCGAACUUCUUCUCAUAUGGGUGUUUUCGAUGGCGCUCACGUCUUUUUGGCUCUGGAUUCUGGGGAUAGAACUUUUCCUCCAGACUUCUUCCUUAGCCCUUUGCGUGAAACGCACUGGUGAGAGGGGAAGCGAGAGCACGAUUUUCGUGGUCCACCAUGGAGGACUUGACAGCGCCAGUGCCACGUGAGCGACCGGAGCUAUUGAACAAUUUGGCAGCUGUGGUGGCCCAGAUGGAGCUGAUGCGACCGGAAGCCUUGCGCGUCACCUUGGCCGUCCGGGCACUCCAGGGCUGUGGCAGGGUCUUUCGACUACGGCUGCGGCAGGAUCUCUUUGCGAAGAGUUUUGUGAGCGACCAGAUCUCCUGUUUUUGGUCUCACUCCUGGCAUGGUGGGCGGCGCAAGAAGGUGGUUACGCUGCUCACACUCUACAACGGCCUGCCGGCGAUACUUUGUGGUGUUCUGGCUGCUCUGGUGAUGUUGGUGCUUUUCACCUUCGGAUCUCUUCCAGGAUUCCAAAGAGUUGCUGAUUCUCCGAGUGAUCAUUCCGCGUGGUCACUUGGAACGGGCUUCUUGGUCACAGCACUUGUCUUUGUCUUUUGGCGGCCGCAGCAGCAUGUUUUCCUGGACCGGAUUUGCAUCACCGAAAGUGAUCCGCAGCUCAAGGCAGAGCAAAUCCUAAGCCUCGCUGGGAUGCUGAAGCGCUCCCGGGAGAUGUUGGUACUUUGGGACUCAAGUUGGAGUGAUCGCCUUUGGUGUUUGUUCGAACUGAGUGCCUUCCUGAAGAGCAAAGCUGAUAGUGAGCAUUCCCGGUUGCUGGUAACACCUACCUUUAUGGGGCCGUGUGUCGUUGCCACCUUCUUGGGGAUGUUCCUGGCUGUGGUGCCACUGACGACUUUCCCGCUCGAUGCUUCUUUUCUGAUUCCCAUGGUGUUCGUGUGCGUCUUUGGAGCGUUUGGUGCUUUAUGCUGUGCCCACGCCUUCCGUUCCUACUUUCAAUCCGUGGAUGACCUAAAGGAGAAGUUGCAAAGCGUCAACUUGGAAAGGACCAGAAGUAUUUGCUGCGACCUGAACCACGAGGGCGACAUGACGUGUGACCGCGAAAUCGUGAAGGAUUGCAUCACCAUUUGGUUCGGCAGCCAGGAGGCCUUCGAAGACUGUGUGCGUUCCGAGGUUUUAGAGACCCUCACGUCAGAGCUGGAGCAGUCGGUCUUCACCCGACCAUGGCGGAUCGCCGCGAGCGUCCCUUUCCUGUGGGCCUGCAUGGACCUUGCAGCCAUGAAUGCGAAGACGCAGCACUGGCUUAUUGCCAUCAACUGGCUUUUGAGUGGCCUUACGAUGUGUUUGUUGGCCUGUCCGCUCAAUAUCGAGAACUUGGCCAACCUCGCGCAUCGCUUCCGCACGCGGCAGCCCACAGCUGCCCGUGAAGCACUGAUGGAUGUGCUGGUGCUCCUGCUGGCUUUGCCACUCUUCCUGUGCGGCACUGCUCUGACCUUCUUAAGUGGCGCCUUGCAGCCUCCGCUGCCCUCGUUGUCCCAGGCCGCCUUCUACGGCUUGUUGGAGCUGGUCGUGUGGCUGAAGCGCACGGGGUGUUUUUCAUGUGCGAGGUCGAAAGGACAGGAGACAGGGCAGCCUGCCAGGACGGGUCACCAAUUCUGACCCACAAACCAACAUGUUGAGAGAUGCCAAUAAAUUGCACAUAGUUGGCGGUUUUCAGGCGUCGUCACUUGACGUGAAGCCACAAACUUGGCUUUGCGCCUCAUGAUUUUCGGCGCCCAGUUUGGAGUGCCACCGAACUGACACCUGGAGUGCAGGUCCGCCUUCCUGCCUGCCGGAGAAAAGGGACCCUCCGGACUGGCCACCGACACCCAGGGACGACGCGGCGCUGUGGGUGGGAGAGAGACCCCCCGAGCUUUGGAGUUGGAAGUGGCCCCGAACAGAGGAGGAUCAGAUAUCCAGAUUGACCAAACAGGUCAAACAGGUACCAUUCACGGAUUUCCGAUGAUCUCAGGUAGUGUGUGAUUCAUGCUUUGACAGGCGGAGAGGG